CUCCCUUCCUUCCUGCUGUCAACUCCGUGUUUUGAAGUUUGAGGUUAUAUUAUUGUUUAAAGUUUCCAAGAAAUGUGAAAACCCCGUAUAUUUCUAAAUUACUGAAGAAAACUCACCACUGUUUCCUUUACCGUUUAUUACUGUAAAAUGAAGAUAUCUGAGGUCCCUGGUGAAGACGCGGGAGUCACCUGCCGAACAUACGUAUUUCAGAACGAGAGCCAUACGCUAGGGAAUGCCUUAAAACAUAUAAUUACUCGAUAUGACGAUGUAGAAUUCUGCGGCUAUACCGUACCCCACCCUGCUGAAGACAAGAUGCACUUCCGGAUACAAACCUUCGAGACUCCCGCACUUGAGGUGCUGAAGCGGGGACUCACCGACCUGGAGAAAGUCUGUGAACACACCAUGGAGCUUUUUAAGACGGAAGUUGCGGCAUUUAAUAAAACAUAGUUAAUACAU